CAGCCUCUGAAGCCAGGUCCAUAGGGAGUCGAACACUUCGAGCUACAGAAAGCUGAGAUACAGGAAGGAGCGCCGUCUCAUUUUGAAAGCGAGAGAAUUGAGAAGCUUGAGGGGGAACUUAUCCCUAAGGAAGCGAGCACCACCAUAACCAGCAUGUCGAGCAAGUGGGAUCAACCAGGUGCUGGCGGAGGGGCUGCGGCUGCCGCUGCAGCCGCUGCCAAGAUUGCAGCGCAGUACGCAGCCGCACCUGGCAGCAGUACAUCCGGCAACGCAGUUGGGACAGGCGCACCACGCAGCAGCAGCAGCAGCGCAGGCGCGUCAGAGCGCCGUCGCAACGGGCCAGAAGAGCCCGAGUUCUUGCACAAGAUCGAGAUCAACGACCAACGCAAUCGCUACAUGCUCACCAAAGGCCAGACACAGCAGUCCAUCCUACGUGAGACGGGCGCAUCCGUCACGACCAAGGGGACUUGGUAUCCGGACAAGUCACUCGCCACUGCGCAGGAUCCCCCGCUCUACCUCGAGGUGUCCGCGGUUAACCAGGAGACGCUGGACAAGGGCAUACGCAUGAUCGCCGAUCUGAUGAAGCAGGACGUUCCACAGCUCAUCGAGGACCGCGCAGCGAAGCGCCUCGAGUGGGAGAAUCAGGCACGGCCGAAAGAUACCGGCUGGCAGGGAAAAGGCGAACGGCGCAAGUGGCCCGAAGAAAAGGUCUUCAUCGGCCUCGAAUCGCUGCGCAACUUCAACAUCCGAGCCAAAGUCGUCGGACCUGGUGGCCUGUUUGUCAAGUACAUCCAGAGCGAGACGGGAACGCGAGUACAGAUCAAAGGCAUCGGGAGUGGCUUCAUCGACCUCGACACCGGGCGCGAGAGCGAUGAACCUAUGCACAUUUCCAUCAGCGGACCGGACGAGAACAUGCUCGUAGAAGCAAAACGACUGGCCGAAGACUUGCUGGAAGUAGUACGUAUCGAGUACGGCAAGGCACAGCAAGCGCUCGGUUUUCCACCACAACAACAUCAGCCAUACGGCAAUGGCCCAUAUCCGCCGCAGCAGCAGCAGCAGUUGGGUGGGUAUGGCACUGGGCCUCAGCAACAUUAUGAGACCGUUGGCUAUGGGGGUGCACAGCAGCCGCCUCUGCCCACGGACGGUGGAGCGCCACCGCCGCCGCCACAAGACGAUGCGCCGUUACCACCGCCUGGAGGAGGAUCCGGCUACGCAGGUGCACCUGGUGGCUAUGGCCAGCGAGGGGCACAUGACUCUUCUCGCCAACCAUCCUUUACGCCCGCCAGCUCGAGCGCGACACAAGCGACACCAAACCCCAGCAGCAGCACACUGCCUGUAGGAUUAUCAAGCGCAGGGAGUGGAGCGGCGGCAACUGCUGCACUUUCGCCGGAAGAACAGGCCCUGGACAAAUACUGGAAGGACUACAUUACGUGGGAGAAGAGCUUUGUUGAGUACCACAAGCGCUUGCCGACGGUGGAGGAGGGGAAACAAGAAAUACCGCCGCAGUACAGAUAGUGACACCAGUUUGUAUCAUAGUCAGAACUGGACAGGGACCCACACAGAUGCUUUUGAGCGAAUGUGUUCAAGAUGUGCACCCUUGUCUUCUGCAUCGUGCUCU